AGCAGCAGCGGAAUCAGAAAUGAGAGUGGAAAGGAAGGGGCAAUAAACAAUAAAGGAAAGAAAACCCAUCAUGAUAUGAUUGAUAAUAAAGCAAAGCAAGAAGCAGUGGCACCAACUUUUCCCCAUUCAACCAAAACGUGCUUUUUUUUUUUUAAUAAUAAGUUUGUUUGAAAAUGAUUUCAUUUCAUGGCUUUUACCCUGUCUUUAAUCUUUUGGAUAAAGGAGCCUCAAAAACAUACACACACUGCACAGGUCAAAAUGCUCCUCAGUCUCACUCAUUCAUCACCACCACACAGUCCAUGGCCGCCAACAAAAACAACGUCAAACCGACAACAACCUCAAUAACAACGACCAGACCAAACCAAACAUUUCCCUCUUCUCUUCUCUUCUCUCUCAAACCAUGUUACUAGUGCCUUUCAUUUCCCUCCUCUUCUCAACGCAUUAUAUAUUUAUUCACCGACCUCGGUUUUCGUGCUGCGUUUUCUGCUUUUCAUAAAACCCCAUUUCUUUUCUCUCUAUCUCUAAGCCAAAGCUCGAAGCUUUUCGCCAUUUGAGAUCUGGGGGUGGAGCUUUUUCCCUUUUCUGGGUUGCUUGCAGCAUUUUCGCCGUUAGAGUUAAGAGACACCAAAAUAUGGGAAGCAAGUGGAAGAAAGCCAAGGUGGCGCUCGGUCUCAACCUCUGCAUGUUCGUUCCCAGAACCUUAGACGACGAUUCGCCGCCGCACACGGUGGUUUCCGAGCGCCUCUCCGACGCCACUCUCCUCUCUCCGGCCAACUGGAGCACCAGCUCUUCCCGCCCAACCACACCGGUUUCCUCUUUUCACGGUUUGAAACUCUCCAAAAGUAGCAGCAAAUCAUCCAAGCAAACCUGCUCAAUAUGCUUAACCAAAAUGAAGCAAGGAUCUGGCCAUGCUAUAUUCACUGCAGAAUGUUCACAUUCAUUCCAUUUCCAGUGCAUUGCUUCAAAUGUGAAACAUGGAAACCAAAUAUGUCCAGUGUGCAGAGCAAAGUGGAAAGAAAUACCCUUGUCAGGUCCCAGUUUGGAUCCUAUCCAGGGAAGAGUUUCACCUAGUCCAGUAAAUUGGCCCCAAAAUGAUGCUUUGAUGGCAGUGGUCCACCGUGUGCCUCUACCUCUACCUCAUCCUCACCGAGAUUUGAAUAGGAGGCAUGUUGUGCCACUUUAUCAGGCUUCUGAGCCAGGCAUAUUUGACGAUGAUGAAUCCUUAAAUCAUCAACAUGCAUUUUCUGAGAGAAGCACUUGUAAUAAGAGUACUGAAGAUACUGAUGCUGCUGGAGCAAUGGAGAUUAAAACGUUCCCGGAAGUAUCUGCUGCUCCAGGAUCCAAGACUUAUUCUAACUUCACGGUUUUGGUUCAUCUCAAAGCUACUGCUGCCGCCACAGCAGCUGCAGCAAAAAGACAAAACCUUAGUAGAAACCAGACUAACUUGGCGCAGAUUUCUCAGACUCCACGUGCCCCUGUCGACUUGGUCACAGUGCUUGAUGUCAGUGGUAGCAUGGCUGGAACUAAGCUUGCACUACUAAAAAGAGCUAUGGGAUUUGUCAUACAGAACCUAGGUUCUAAUGACCGGCUCUCUGUUAUUGCUUUUUCUUCCACAGCUCGCCGCCUCUUUCCCUUGUGCAGAAUGACUGAUUCUGGGCGGCAGAAGGCAUUACAAGCUGUUAAUUCUUUGGUUGCAAAUGGUGGUACCAAUAUCGCGGAAGGGCUGAGAAAAUGUGCCAAGAUAAUGGAAGAUCGAAAGGAAAAGAAUCCAGUUGCCAGUAUUAUACUGUUGUCCGAUGGUCAAGAUAAUUACACUGUCAAUGGCUCUGGAACCAGCCAACCCCAACCAAAUUACCAGUUUCUUCUGCCCACUUCUAUCAGUGGUGGUGAUAAUUCAGGAUUUCAAAUUCCUGUGCAUGCUUUUGGAUUCGGUGCCGAUCAUGAUGCUUCACUAAUGCACUCAAUUUCAGAGACUUCUGGUGGCACAUUUUCUUUCAUUGAGACUGAAGCUGUAUUACAGGAUGCGUUUGCACAAUGCAUUGGAGGACUUCUGAGUGUUGUUGUUCAGGAGCUGCAAGUGGGAAUUGAGUGCACACACCCAAAUCUCAAUCUUGUCUCACUCAAAGCAGGAAGUUACCCUAGCCAUUUGAUGGCCGAUGGAUGCAAAGGAUUGAUUGAUGUUGGAGACCUGUAUGCUGAUGAAGAGAGGGAUUUUCUAGUUUCAGUUAAUGUCCCAGCUACAUCCGGUAAUGAAACAUCAUUGAUAAAGGUCAAAUGUGUGUACAAGGAUCCCUUUACUCAGGAAACAACAACAUUGGAAAGUGAGGAAGUUAAGAUUGAGCGGACUGAAAAUGUGGGGCAGGUUGUAAUGUCACUUGAAGUGGACAGACAGCGCAGCAGGCUCCAAGCGGCUGAGGCAAUGGCCCAGGCGUGCAGUGCAGCUGAACAGGGAGACCUAAGUGGAGCAGUACUUAUCCUUGAGAACUGUAGAAAGAUGCUUUCAGAGACUGUUUCGGCCAAAUCUCAUGACCGCCUUUGUGUUGCAUUGGAUGCUGAACUCAAGGAAAUGCAAGAGCGGAUGGCAAGUAGGCAUGUGUAUGAAGCAUCUGGGAGAGCAUAUAUUCUUUCUGGAUUGAGUUCACACUCAUGGCAAAGAGCAACAGCAAGAGGUGAUUCCACUGAUAGGUCAAGUCUUGUUCAGGCAUAUCAAACACCAUCGAUGGCUGAGAUGCUUACUCGAUCUCAGGCCAUGUUACUAGGUAGUCCAUCAGGGCAGAGGCUUCUCCAGCCACUGGUGUCAUACAGACCACAACCAUGCCCAAGGUGAUCCAACAGAGAUUUUGUGAAAACCAUCUAAAAAUUAAGCCCUUCCACUGAUUUGCCUUUUUGGCUUAUAAAAUAUGUGGGGGAGGGUGGUAGUAAACGGGAGUCAUAAACAGAAGAUUUCUUUGAGCUUUGAUUUUGAUGUUUAAUGUGUAAAAAUGAAUAAGAAGUCGAGGAAAGGGUGGAGGGUUACUUAAAACCAAUGGAGGGCAGUAGAUAGGAAUUUACCACAUUAUGUUUCUUCUAUUUUGUGGGGUUUAAGGUUUUUCUUUUGGCUUCACUUUUCUUUCCUCUAAUUAUGCCGUUUUUUUGGGGGGGUGGUGUACAUACAGAAGAAUGCCUUUGUUUUUUUUCUGGGACACCUGGGUAUAAAGUUUGUAGCUGCGCAAAUGAUUGGUUGGGAUUAUCUCAUCAGUAAUAUAUAUAUGUUUUCAAUUAUUUCA